UAGGUGCAGUCACCAUGUGUUUUCUUUGGCUCGAGAAAGCACCAUGGUGAUGAUGUCUGUGUUGUUGAGCUUCAUUUUUCCAGCCUCAGCGUCUCUGGUGAUUAGGGGCAUGUCAGUGAUAAGUUUGGUGUCAGUUGGCAAUGCUUUCUUAUCCGAAAUAAGAGGAAAACAUAUGAACUAUUCAAAGUUUUGGAAUGCGAAUUCCACUGAAAAGAUGCAGAUGAAGUUGUCAAGUAAAGUUGGCAUGCUUCUGUCUUACACUCCUGCUUUUCUUGUUUGUCUUGCAUCUUUCUGGAUCUUUCCUCAUGAAGGGUUCAGAUCCACCCUCCUUCAAUCUGCUCUUACUCUCCAUUUCUUCAAGAGGCUCUUUGAGGUUCUGUUUAUUCACAAAUACAGUGGGGGCAUGGCACUGGACACUACAAUCACCAUCAGUCUGAAUUAUUUCAUAUCAACUUCACUCAUGAUCUAUGAUCAAAACCUAACACAAGGGCUCCCAGAACCACCAAUUAAUCUGGUGUAUCCUGGCAUUGUUUUGUUUGUGGUUGGCAUCAGUGGCAACUUGUACCACCACUACCUUCUAUCCAAAUUAAGAGGAAAGGGUGAAAAGGAGUACAAGAUUCCAAGGGGAGGCUGCUUUGAACUUGUCAUAUGCCCCCACUACCUUUUUGAGAUUAUUGGCUUUUUGGGGGUUUCCUUCAUAUCUCAGACGUUUUAUCCAUUCUCUUUCACUCUAGGCUCAACUAUCUACUUGAUGGGUAGGAGUUAUGCAACCAGGAAAUGGUAUCUUUCUAAGUUUGAAGAUUUUCCUAAGCAUGUUAAGGCUGUCAUCCCGUUUGUCUUCUAGUUGGAUAGGAACAACUAAUUUAUUUUAGGUAUAGAUAGGUGUGCUACAUUGUCUUUAUUGGUGUUGAAUAAUAUGUAUCUUUUGAUAUAUUUUUUCUUAGGAAAAUGAAGUAGAGUUAGAUGUGUCAUAUGUUUUAAAUGAUUUUCGAUCAUUAGAUGUAUCAGUUAAAUUUAAACAUGGAGAUUGUUCGUAUUUAA